AUGUUUGCGAUUUUCGUUCUCGUCAUGGUGUGGAGCCCAUCGGAAAAGGCCAGCCAACCUCGUGUCAUGCUGGUGCAGCCCAAACAAGCCCAGUUCGUGCAAACCCACCAUAACCCUCCUGCUCAUGUUCCUGCUUCCAACGUGUUCUCCCAUCCCGCGGCGGGUUCGAACUCGGCGGAGGAGAAGAUGGUGCACAAUGCCGAGAACAGGCUCGAAAACCUUGAAGAGAACUUCAAGAGGAACGCAGAACAGGAAGGUUAUCCACAGGACUACUCCUCGCAGGGUCUCGGCGAGCAAGCUCAACAAGCAGACAGUCAGUCCGACGUUGUGGACGACGGCGCUGCGGUCCAAAGGCCCGUCGAGUCGGAGGAGGACAUCAAGGCUCGUCUGGAGAAGAAGCAGUUGAUGGCUGAGGGGAUGACGGAGGAUGAAGCCGAGGCGAAGAUCCACCUGGAGAAGCUGAAGGAGCAGGAGAGAGUCGAGCAAGCGAAGAUGGCGGAAGCAGAUUCCGACCUGAGGAAGGAGGACGCACAACAGCAGAGUUUUACCGCCAUGAACGAUCGAGAGGCACCUGGGCAGUCAGCCGACGGACAGCGAUCAGAUGGACAGCGAUCAGACGGACAGCAUGCAGCGACGGACAGGCUGGAGGGCUUGCAGAAGCAGAGCUCAGGCAAGACGGAGGAGGAGAUGCAUGCGGAGAGCCAUCUCAAGAAGAUGGAGGAAGGAGAGGAGCGCAAGUCGAGGGCAUCGCAGAGCAUGUCGCAUCAGGACGAGGAUCGUCAAGACGAGGCUGAGCAGGAAGCUCCUCGGCCACUUCGCAAGGAGGUCAGUCGGCAAGAGGUUGCUGGACAAGAAGUUGCUCGCAAAGAAGCGCUAGACGCUCCCCGGAAGGAAGCCUCUAGGCCAGAGGAGGCGCAACAGCUUGCCCCUCGGCAUCUCCGCAAAGAAGUUUCAAGGCAAGAAGAGGCAGGCAAGGAGGUUGGCAGACAAGAAGUCUCCGCGUCUUCGGCAUCCCUGAACAAGAAAGAAUCGGACGAGCCCCAUGCCAAACUGCUGGAGCGGUCAAGCGUGUUGCACAGACACUCGGAGGAGGGAGGCAAGUCACAUGACAGUGCCAAGUCCUUCGAAGAGAAGUUCUCUUCGGUGAGGGCAAUCAAGGUCGUGGAGGCGCAACUGAACCUCUUCCCUCAGAUUCAAAGCAGCAUCGAGAAGAGCAAGUCGGCAGAUGAGAAACUUGUUGAGCGACAGGCAGCCCACGAGCAGCCCAAGGAGAAGAGCUCGGAGCAAGACAAGGUUACGAUUCUCCCACGGAAGGUGAUAGAGAAGGACGAGGAUGAAGGGGUGGGAGCGGAGAAAGGGAGGGGCACAGGGGGGUGA